GAUUCAUUCAGCCCUAGACCGUUAUUCCUCAGCAAACACCCUGCCCCCUCGCUGUCCCUGCCCAGUGCCAGGUAGUGCUGGGGCCCAGAAAAAUCUGAAAGAAGCUAGCCCUGGGCCCCGUCCCUAGAGGCCCUUAAUAUGGGGGAGACAGAGCCAGACACAAUGCUUUGUGCAAGUCUCAGCCUUAGGGGCACUCACCUAGGCCUCCUGAGCUAACCACACAUAUCUCCCCUUGCCAAACCAAUUACAGCUGGAUGGACCCCUGUGGUCAUGACCACAAGCUGCACAUCAGCAAGAACCCUCUGGAAACUCUGAAGAAAGAAAAUCUAUUGCUUGCCAGCCCCGGAGCGUACAAGAUAAGCAGGUAACUGCUCCCCAGGAAGCCAUGAACGAAGCCGGAAAGCUGCCCCCGCCAUUGCCCCCACGACUGGACUGGUUCGUGCAGACGCAGGUGGGCCAGCUGGCCCAAGGAGGGGUCCCUGCAUGGUUCCAUGGUGCCAUCUCGAGAGAGGAUGCCGAGCGUUUGCUGGAGUCACAGCCGCUGGGAUCUUUUCUCAUCAGGGUCAGUCACAGCCACGUGGGCUACACGCUGUCCUACAAAGCCCAAAGCUGCUGCCGCCACUUCAUGGUGAAGCUGUUGGACGAUGGGAGCUUCAUGAUCCCUGGGGAGGAGAGGGUCCAUGCCUCGCUGCACGCCCUGGUCACCUUCCACCAGCAGCGGCCUAUGCGGCCACACGGGGACCUGCUGACACAGCCCUGUGGGCAGAAGGAUCCAGAAAACGUGGAUUAUGAGGAUCUCUUCCUUUACUCCAAUGCAUUGACUGAGGAAGUCACCAGCCCCACCCAUGGCCCCAGCAAGCAUCAGAACCCUUCCUCCUGUUCCACGGUUGCACCUGAGGAGACCUCAGGAAGGCCCAUCCUGCUCCAUCGGCCAAAGGGAAGGAGGCCAUCGGCAAAGGCAAGCAGAGACCCCAAGGAGGAGGCCACUUCCUCCUGCCCCCCGAAAGCCCCCCUUGAGGAAGCCUGCCAGAAACUCUGGAGAAACUUCAGGAUGCUCCCCGAGACGGGCAAGAGGUUCCAGCAGCAGCUGAAAUCCCACUCGGCACCUGUGAACUUGUCAUCGCUCUGGAAUGCUGGGCCACUGGCACUGGCACACAGCUCAGGGGCCAGGCCAGGUGACACACACUGGGAAGGCGACGUCUCCACAGCCCGCUUUGCAGCCACGUCCCUCACAAGUCCCGCACAGUCCCAGGAUCUGAGAGAUGGAGGUGACCCCUCCGGGAAGGCCUCAAGAUUGGCCAGCGGGAGCAAGGUGACCCCGAGGGUCAGGAGUUGGCACCGAGUGGUAAUGAGGGCCUUGUCCUCAAAAGCAUCCAAACCGGAGACAGAAGGGUUGGCAGAAUCCCAGAGGGACUGGCUCCCUGAAGAGUACCUCACGCCGCCACCCUUUGCCCCUGGGUACUGUUAGAGCUUUGCCCUGGCUCUGGGACCCUUGCUGCAGGGGCUGCUCACACCGGACCCCUGGUUGUCUGCCCACCAGCCCGCAGGAACCUGAAAAAUGUAAUAAAGGCAUUGCUUGGGUCCGG